CACUCUGUUGGGGAAGUGGAUGUUGGAGCACGCGACACUCACGUGCAGCCAGCCCGGGUACCUCCACGUGUGCUCCAGGAUUGACAGCAUCGCUGCCACCCCGGCGUGAGGGACGCGCUGUUGUCACCCAGCUGCUACCCCAGCGAGUGUGAGGUGGCACGGGAAGGAGGUGGCUUUUCUGCUGCGGUGUGUGCUUGUUUGCAUUUCCUGCUGCUGUUUCAGAAAGGAAGGAAAACGAACCGCUGACUCCCUCCUCACAGCCUCCCUCCUCUGCUCUGCGUGCGGCUGCUGAUGAGUAUUUGGUCCUCAGGAGAAAAUGGUGUAAGGCCAGCUGAGCUGCCACUUGCAGCCGCGGCGUGCCCGGAGCUCAGGGAGGAGCAUGGCCGCAGCUCAGGGAGCGGGAAGCGGCUCAGCCGGGCCGGCCGGCCCGCCCGCCUCUGCCCCGGGGCACAGCAGCGGCUCCACGGCAGUGGCCGUGUGGGAAUGGCAGGAUGAAUUUGGCAAGUGGAGGCCCUACCGAGGCAAUGUCUGCAGCUACAUCGAGCAGGUUAUCCAGGCCUAUCAGCAGAAGGGCCGGCGCUCGGGGUCGGGGCUGGUCAGCAGCAUCCCCUUGGGACACGCGGAUCCCGCCCUGGCUCCCUAUGUCAUCGACAUUCCAAGCCUGACACAAUUCCGGCAGGAUACAGGGACCAUGCGGGCCAUCCGCAGGCACAUCUUCCCAGGGGACUCUGCUGCUGGCCAGGGCAUCGUCUGGGAGUGGCAGAACGACGAGGGCGGGUGGUCCCCGUACGAGAUGAACGUCUGCGUGUUCCUGGAGCAGGCCCGUGCCACCAACCACCAGCGGGUGGAUCUCACUCCCUUGGGCUACAACUACGAGGUUGACUUUGUGGCUCAAGUGCAGACCAACAAGACCACGCGGUUCCGCCGCAGCGUUCAGAGGCGUUUGGACGCCCCGUACCCCGUGACCACCUCCACCACACCCAUGCACACAGGGAUGGCGUGUUCUUGCCAGCAGUGCUGGCCGAACAGCGGGACUGGCCCCAUCACCACACGCUACCGUCACUCCAUGACAAACUCUGCCAACUCUUCCACUACUCAUCAGGUUCCCGGGAGGACAGCGUCAGUAAGUUCUUCCAACGUCGGCUUCGUGCCCUAUAACAAACCCACUUUGACUGGAGCAAGGUCAAUGCCAAGACUCAGUGCACAGAACACCUCGGUUUUGGCUCAGACUGGGAGCCUCAGUGCAGCAUUGGCAGCAUCUAACGGAGUCAGUGCCCAGGCCCUGCCUGUCAAGAUGUCCAAACCCAGCAGGGUGAGCCAGGCCCUGGCAGGCAUGACAGCUAUUCUGAUGUCAGCCGCCGGACUGCCCGUGCACCUCACCCGUGUGCCGCCAGCUGCCAGCACCCAUAAGGCCACUAAAAAACACAGCUCAGUUAAGGAGGGGAGGAAAGUGUCCAAGAAAGCCACAUCAACAGAGCCAGAAUCGGUGGUGAAGAAGUACCUGGAAGAGCUGAAGGGAGCUCCUGCUGAUGAGGACUGCAUGAUCUGCAUGGAGAAGCUGUCCUGCCCCUCGGGCUACAGCGACUCGUGCCAGUCCCGCGCCAUCGGGCCCGAGGCAGUCGGUCGCCUGAGGAACUGCCAGCACUCCUUCCACAUGCUCUGCAUGCUGGCCAUGUACUCCAACGGCAACAAGGAUGGCAGUUUGCAGUGUCCCUCCUGUAAAACCAUCUAUGGAGAGAAAACUGGUACCCAGCCCAAAGGGAAGAUGGAGAUCUCCACUUUCCCCCAGUCCCUCCCAGGACACAAGGACUGUGGGACAAUCAGGAUUGUGUAUCACAUCAGCAGGGGCAUCCAGGGCCCGGAGCACCCCAACCCUGGGAUGCCUUACACAGCCAGAGGCUUUCCUCGCUAUUGUUACCUGCCAGACAAUGAGAAGGGCAGGAAGGUCCUGGAGCUCCUGAAGGUGGCCUGGAGGAGACGCCUGAUUUUCACAGUGGGCACCUCCAGCACCACCGGCGAGAGCAACACGGUGGUGUGGAACGAGAUCCACCACAAGACUGAGAUGGACUCAAACCUCAGUGGCCAUGGCUACCCUGACCCCAACUACCUGGACAAUGUGCUGGCAGAGCUGGCUGCCCAGGGUGUCACCGAGGACUGCCUGGGCCAGUGAGCCUCAGGGGCCACCUAGUGCACUUAUUCCUGAUGCCUUAAGUUCCCGUGUCUGACCACCCGUCACCCUGAGCAAUAACAGUUCCCUGGGAGCCCUGCACGCUCUUCACAUUUUUUUGGUGGGGGUUGUGGGGUUGGGAAGGAUAUUUUUGUAGAAGCUGUGCUUGUGUCUCUGGGUGGGAUUGAUGGCUGCAGCCAGGAGCAGCUGGGAGGGGACUGAGGUGACACAUGCCCUGUCAGAUCCCCGGGGAAGGCAGGACCUUCCUUUGGCAAUGCCUGGGGCCAGGAUGGGAGGGGAGAGUGCCUUGCUUCCAGUAGCCCCCCUGGAAGUCACACAAGGUCCUCCUUUUGGGACACACCAGCUCCCUGUCUGAGGCACCUCUUGCCUCCCUCCUGCCAUGUAUCUCUGCUCAGUCCCAAUAAACUCUUCAUUCUCACA